AUGAAAUCAAACAUUAGCCUCCGCUUGAUGACCGAUCGUGAAGAAGAUGAAGCGCCUCCAGCUCAUGAUGGGACCGGAGAAAAUGAAGAAUCGAAAUCGAUGGAUGUAUGUUUGUUUUGCUUGAUAGAAUCGAUGGGGUGUAAAUCACUAAGUUUAGGUUUGUGUUUUGGUUGCUUGAAAUUGUCAUGGAAAGAAGAUGAAGCAUUAUAUUUCUCAUUUGCAGGUAUACAUGAAAAGAACAAGAAUGCUCUUGUGUUCUUGGCUGGGAACGAAUGCAGAAAGGGAAGAACAAGGAUAUGUGUUGAUUGUAUUGGUUGA